CCAGUGGGGAUGGGUGAGAAACAGCAUUACAUCCACUGUGAUUGGAAAGGGAAUGGCCUGGAAGUCCCUGCGGGGGCAAGGUGCUGGGGUGCCCACAGUGCAGCUGUGCUCUUGUGCCACGGUCACCCUACAUCGGCCCUGCUGAAUGCUGUGGGAUGAGGAGGGGGAAGCGACACCGGCAGGGCCAAGCCUCUCGCUCCCACCCCGGGGCACAGCACCAUGGCAGAGUACUGGAUCCGGCCGUACCGCGAAGAGGACUAUGAUGCAGCACGUGAGGUCUUCGCCACCGCCAUGAGCGAGUACACACCGGCGCUGUGCCUGCACGUGCUGCGGCAGCCCUGGGCGCUGCUGGUGCUGGGCUGCGCCUUCUGCCUGCUGCUGGCCAGCGCCCGCUCCCUGCUGCUGCCCGUGCUGGCGCUGACGCUGCUGCUGGCGCUGGGCCGCCAGGUGCUGGGCUGCGCGUGGCGCACCUACAUCGAGCGCUGCCUGGGGGACGACCUGCGUGACAUCCGCGCCGCCUACAUGGACGCCCCAGGCGCCCGCUUCUGGGUGGCGGAGGCGUGUGGACAAUGUCCCAUGGAGACCCUCAUCCCGUUUGGCUGAGCCAUAUGGACUUCCCGUGGGGACCCUCAUGCCGUGUGGCUGAGCCAUGCUGGUGACGCCCCUUGAGGACACAGGGACCCCAGUGUUGUGUGGUGCCAGGCUGGGGACGUGCCCCUAUUCCCAUCCCAAGCCCCGCUGCUCCUCAGGCCCGGGGUGGGCUCAGCUUCCCUGGGGGGCCCUGAUGCCCCCACACCCCCAGCUGAGUGGGGACCCCCAGAGGGACACCCGGCCGUGUCCCCUUGCGGUGCUGGGGUCGGAUUUGCGCCUGCCCCCCUUAACGCUGCAAUAAUAAAAGAGCAUUGGAGUGCU